GUGACCACCCGUAUCUUUACCUCACAAGGUGUCUGACAUACUCUGCUCUCAGUCCAGAGAGACAGAGUGUCCCAUCAUGUCGUCAAAUUAUCCAUCGCUUUUCCGCUCUGAGGAGAUGUCGCUUGUGCAGCUGUACAUCCCCUCGGAAGUAGCUCAUGACACCAUCUCGGAACUCGCAGAGAUGGGCAACUUCCAAUUCAAGGAUCUCAACCCCACCGUCACUGCUUUCCAGCGUCCUUUCACCCCACGCUUGCGUCGUCUCGCCGAGAGUUCAAGACGUCUACGGCUCUUCCAAUCCCAAAUCAAGUCCCUGGCCCCUCCUCUGGGUAUACCUCCUCUUUCUGCUAUUCCGCCAUUCACAACUGUCGGCCCACGAGCUCAAAAUGCUUUCGACGAGCUCGAGGACAAGCUACGAGAACAUGAACGUCGGCUUGUGGACAUGAACAAGAGCUGGGAAGAGCUGGGAAAGCGCAAGUCAGAACUAGAAGAAAAACGAUGGGUCUUGCGUGAGACUGCUGGCUUUUUCAAUGAGGCCGAGCAUCGACACACCGAGAUACGUACGAGUUUUGAUGAUGGCGAUGGAACCGCUCCCCUGCUCGAGCAUGCUGCAGAGUAUGGCACUUUGCCACCCGAAGGUGGCCUGUCCAGCUUUGAUUUGGAGUUCGUCUCGGGCACAAUCGAGCGGACACGAAUGCCAACUUUUGAGCGCAUCCUAUGGCGCGUCUUGAGAGGCAACCUGUAUAUGAAUUACUCCGAGAUUGAAGAGCCUUUCAUCGAUCCCACUUCCGGUAAGGAGACCCACAAAGACGUUUUUAUCAUCUUUGCCCACGGACCCGAGUUACUCGCCAAGAUUCGUAAAGUGGCAGAGUCUAUGGGUGGAGCACUUUACACCAUUGACUCAUCUCAAGACAAAAGAGCAGAUGCCCUUCGUGACGUCGCUGCUCGACUUGAAGACGUUGAAGCCGUACUUUACAAUAUGGGCCAAACUCGUCGCGUCGAAUUAUCGAAAAUCGCAGAAGGAUUGGAGAGCUGGAAGGACGCUGUCAGGCGUGAGGAAGAGAUCUACAAGACGCUCAAUCUUCUUUCGUACGACCAAGGCCGAAAGACUCUCGUUGCUGAAGGCUGGUGCCCUACCCGAGAUUUGACCAUAGUUCAAUUAGGCCUGAGGAGAGCAAUGGAGACCGCAGGGACCUCAGUCCCAGCCAUUCUUAGUGAACUGCGAACCCACCAGACACCCCCGACGUUUCACAGGACGACCAAGUUUACUGUUGGAUUCCAAACCAUCAUCGAUGCGUACGGUAUCGCAACGUAUCAAGAGGUUAACCCUGGUUUGUUUGCUGUGAUCACAUUCCCAUUCCUCUUCGCCGUGAUGUUCGGCGACAUUGGUCAUGGUUUUAUCAUGUUUUUGGGCGGCUUGGCGAUGGUGCUGUUUGAGAGGCAGAUAGAAGGAAAGAUAGACGAGAACCUAGAGACCUUCUUUUUCGGUCGUUACAUCAUCCUUCUCAUGGGGGCCUUUUCCACCUUCACCGGGUUCAUGUACAAUGACAUAUUCUCUAAAUCUCUCUCCAUCUUCUCUUCUGGCUGGGAGUGGCCCACAAACUCUACUGGUCAAGUCAGCGCCAUUUCCACCGGCCACGUCUACCCUUUCGGACUUGAUCCUGUGUGGAACGGUAGCGACAACUCGCUCAUCUUCACAAACUCGUACAAAAUGAAGAUGUCAAUCAUACUAGGUGUGAUACAUAUGACCUUUGCCAUCUGCCUUCAAGUUCCAAACCACAUUCACUUCCGCAAACCCCUCAACAUUUACGCCGAGUUUAUCCCGCAAAUAUUAUUUAUGCACUCCAUCUUCGGCUACUUGGUCGUAUGUGUCAUCUACAAAUGGUCGGUCGACUGGUCGCAGUCCUCCACACCGCCUCCCGGACUACUCAACAUGCUCAUUUAUAUGUUCCUGUCACCAGGCUCAAUUGAACCUUCCACUCAGCUGUAUGCGGGUCAAGGUUUCGUACAGGCCGUCUUGCUACUCGUGGCUCUCGUGUGCGUCCCAUGGAUGCUGGCCCUGAAGCCGUAUAAACUGUGGAAAGAACACAACGCGAUCAAAGAACAGGGAUAUAGAGGUAUUGGUGGGGUUGAUCACGGCAAUGGGCAUGGUCAUGGCAAUGAUGAUCUGGAGGAAGAAGAGGAGGGCGCAGGUCAGCCAGUUGCUGAACCUAUGGAAGAAGAUCAUCCGUUUGACAUGGGUGACAUCAUUGUCCACCAGGUCAUUCAUACCAUCGAAUUCUGCCUCGGAUGUAUCUCCAAUACCGCUUCCUACCUUCGACUCUGGGCUUUGUCUCUGGCUCACGCACAACUGUCGGAAGUGCUUUACGAGAUGACACUGGAAAGUGCUUUCCUGUACGAAGGCUCUGGUGUGGUGGCGACCAUCUUUGUUUUCUGCAUGUUUGCAAUGUGGUUCUUCAUGACUAUUGCCAUUCUCAUCACCAUGGAGGGACUGUCUGCAUUUCUCCACGCUCUGCGCCUGCAUUGGGUAGAAGCCAAUGGCAAGCACUACAUGGCCGGAGGCUACCCGUUCACCCCCCUCAGCUUCGCUGUCAUUGGCGAAGAAGCAGAUGCAUAACCACAAGUCGGAUAUAUGCAUCACCUCCUCCUC